GACCACGACUAUCCUAUAAAUACGGAGAUUAUCGUAUAUCUUGCAAAAAUGUGUCUGAUGAACAUUCGUCGGUUUAAAAACUCCGGAACCUUCUUUCUGGGCCUCCGCGGUUCGUCGUUAAACCCGGAACAUCAAGAAAGGAACACCGGAGGCAAAUGUGGAGUUUGUGGAUCCCAGCGACAUGCUCCCGGCUCCUCUGCUCAUGAACAGCUUCUUGGUGGCGGCUCUCAGCCUGGUUAUGACCCGGCUAACCUGCUCCUCUCUGUCGGUUUCGGACAUCCCACAUAUCGCUGCUUACUUCGGGACCAAGACCAGGUACGAAGAGGUGAACCGGCACUUGCUGCGAGACGGGUUAUGGGUCAACACCUCGGUACGGAAGUCUCCGGCCGCCGAGCGGUGCACCCCGAUUCACCUAACCGCUGUCAUCCGACACGGCUGCCGGUACCCGACCAUCCAGAACAUCCGCAAGAUCCAGAAACUCAGCGAGCUGGUCCGUAGAGAAGCUUCCAGAGGCUCUGAUGAGUCCGAGGGCUGGCUCCGGAACAUCCAGAACGGCUGGGAGAUGUGGUACAAAGAGGACAUGGACGGACAGCUGGUUCCGAAGGGCAGGGAGGACCUCCGCCUGCUGGCCCGGCGUCUGGCCAUCCUCUUCCCGGCUCUGCUGUCGGAGAAGAACCGGAGCAGCGGGAGGAUCCGAUUCCUGACCAGCUCGAAGCAUCGCUGCGUGAGCAGCGUAGAAGCGUUUCAGGAGGGUCUGCAGCAGCACUGGGGAAACCAGGAUGUGGACUACAGACAUGAGGUGAACGAUGACCUGAUGCGGUUCUUCGAACGUUGCCUUGGUUAUGUGGAGGGCGUGGAGAAGAACCGCACGGCGCUGUUGGAGGUGGACAAGUUCAGACGUGGGGAGGAGAUGGAGGGAGUGAGGAGGAGGAUGGCCGACCGACUGGGCCUUCCUCAGCACCGCCUUACACCAGAUCUGGUUGAAGCAGCAUUUUUCUUGUGCUCCUACGAGCUGUCCAUCAAAUCUCUUCACUCUCCUUGGUGUUUCCUGUUUGACCGGAAUGACGCCAAGGUGCUGGAGUACCAGUCGGACCUGAAGCAGUUCUGGAAGCGUUCUUACGGUCACGCUGUCAACAGCAUGUCCAGCUGUCCGCUGUUUCAUCACGUCUUCAGAACACUCGACAAAGCCGGGCGUCCACGCAGGUCCACUGAGGCGUCUCCAGAACCGGCCUCCAUCCUGGUGGGUCACGCUGAGACCCUACUCCCCCUUCUCUCCCUGCUGGGACUUUACAAGGACCAGAGCCUGCUUAGGGCCAGUAACUACCAGUCACAGCAAGGAAGAAGCUUCCGGACCAGUCUGAUCGUCCCGUAUGCCGCCAACCUGCUCUUUGUCCUGUAUGACUGCCAGCGAGGCCCACGGCUGCAGAUGCUCAUUAACGAAUCACCAGCCCGGUUCCCUGGUCUGGAGGAGGACGCUCCCCUGUACCGGGACGUCAGGGCCAUGUACCGCCACCUGCUGGACGGCUGCGACUUCCACAGGGAGUGUGAGGGACGACCUGAAGGCCGUGGACCAAACACUGAGCUCUGAAAGACAACAAGUAACAAGAACUGGUCCAGUAACGCCACAGACCCGCUUCAGACAUGCACAGAAUCCAGGAGGACCAGAGCCAAAACUAAGAUACUGGGGGGUGGAAGCAGCACUGGGCCUUUUGUGGGUUUUUAUGGGUUGGACACUAUGACUUGCUGGAUCCAUUUAGUUCCACAUAGAAGUGUCAGAUCAACUGGUUCUGCCCCAUAAUUGGGAGAAAUGUUAUGGUUUGUCUGACAAUGUAUUUAAAUUUGAAUCGUGACUUUUCUAUUUCUACUCUGAGCUUUUAAUUUGUGACAGAGGCCAAAUGUUUGUAAAUGUAAGUGACUUCACCGGAACUCAGUCUAGUCUGAGCAUGAAAAAGACAUUUUGGAAUAAUAAUGGAAUAAGUUAAUAUUCUUGCAAUAAAAUAGCAGAAUCAGGAACCAAAGAAACCUUUGACUGGUCUUAUAAAACAUUGUUAUUAAAGUAGAUUCAAGAUUCAAAUGAAUAAUUUAAUAUUAAUGCAGAAACAUUAAUAUUCCUCGGAAUAGGGGCACCAGGUCUUUUUAUAGUAAGACCAUGUUUAAACUAAUCUAGUUUAACACCAGCUAGCAUUUCAAUGAAAAAUACUAAUUAUUAUGAUUAAUAAUCAUAAUAAUGUUAUCAAAUCAGUCUCUAAUGUCAUGAGUUCUUGUCGCAGUGUUAGUGACCUUUUUCAUUGCCUAAAGAACAAUGAACACAAAACCAGAUCUUUUUAACGUUUUAUUAUAAUACUACUACAGGAUGCAUGAAUAAAUGUGAAUAUAUGCAGAAGGAAAAAACAAGUAAUAAGAUAAUGAGCGGUAAACAUGAAACAACCAGCAAUGAAUUAACAGAUAAUAUAAUGUGUUGUGUGGGGGUGUGUGUGAAAUGAACAGAUAUUUUCUGUUCACACUGUACACAUCAGACUUUAAUUAAAUCUCCCACCACUGUGGGAGUUCUACAGAAGUUCUCAGACGACAGUGCCAUUGUUGGAUGUGUAUCUCCCUGCAGGACUACAGGGGCGUCAUCUCUGACUUUGUUGUCUGGUGUGAGAACAACCACCUGAUCCUAAAAAAACGGCAGAACAAAGCUAGGAGCGAGUCCUUGAUUUCAGAAGGUCCCCUCCACCACACACACCGCUGAACAUCCAGGGCUCAGACAUUGAGACUGUGGACACUGUUAAAUACCUGGGUGUUUACCUCAACAAUAAACUGGACUGGUCCAACAGCACAGAUGCUCUCUGUAAGAAGGGCCAGAGUUACCUCCACCUGCUGAGGAGACUGAAGUCCUGUGGUGUGUGCAGACAGCUGCUAAGGACUUUCUAUGACACUGUGGUGGCCUCAGUAGUCAUGUAUGGAGUUGUGUGCUGGGCGGGGGGCAGUACAGGCAGAGACAGGAAGAGAAUCAACAAGCUGGAUCAGACAAGCUGUCCUGGGCUGCACACUCUCCAUGGAGGAGGUGGAGGAGAGAAGGUAGCUGGUAAACUAACAUCCAUCAUGGAGAACCCCUCCAGCUCCUUCAGCACCACACUGUUACAGCCACAGGCAGGAAGGAGCUGCUGCAGGUCAUUGCUCCCCACAGACAUCAGACUAUACAACAUAACACUGCAGUGACACACAUUAUGUACACAGUGUAUUCUAUUCCAUUCGUUGUUGUAUGUUGUUGCUGCUGUUCUGUCGUUGUUCUUGUACUAGGUGGUAUUCACUGCUUAUAUUAUCGUUGUCGUGUAAUUUACAUUUUUUUACUUGAUUUUUUACUUAAACAUAUUACUUGAUUUUA